AUGCAUAAUGCGCUGUUAUCUACGAACAACUGCUGCGAUAAUGCAUUCCAAGCGGUACGAUCGAAUCAUAUUCAGUGUCUAACGGUAAUGAAUCGACUUAAUCUGGAAGAACGCGACAUCAACCAGCAAACUCCACUUCAUGUGGCGGCCAAGCUUGGCCGUCUACAAGCAAUCGAGUAUGUUAUAUUUUUACUGCAACACGAAGCACCAAGAACACAGGACGCGGUAUCGAUGUUUGGAGAGAAUCCUGCUUUGGUUGCUGCAGGUGAAGGUCAAACGCAGAGCGUUGAAUUGCUGUUAAAAAACAGCACUUCAAAACAUGCAGUUGUUCGGGCUCAGCAACGCGAUGUCAACGGUACUACGGUGUUAAUGGCUGCUGUUGCGAGGGGGGACAAUGAUUUAGCACUGUGGCUACUGAGACGCUUCGGAAAGACGUUGGCAAUGCUUCCAAACAAUUUCCAUAUGCUACCAGUGCAUGUUGCCGCUGCGCUUGGUAAUAAUGAAUUUAUUCGUGCUGCAAUCAAGUACGACCAUCGCAUGGUUAAUUACAGGGAUCAGUUUGUUCAAGGGGGGUGCUUGGCAUGCGCGAGAUAUCUGAUUGAGAAAGCUGGCGCUGACAUAUGUAUUGUUUCGGAUAAGGGGCAGUCGUUGCUCCACGUUGCUUGUCUUGCCGGCCAUGCUCACAUUGUUCGUUGGAUAAUACAGCGUUCUGCUCCGAAUUCUGUGCUCUGGACAACCAAGGACAACGCUAAUGCUAUACACUGCGCAUCCUACAGUGGUAGCGUUGCUGCACUGGGUGUUUUACUGCGCAUCAUACCUCAGAAACGUCGUCGACAAGUACUUACCCUUCGAGAUUCUCGUGGCAAUUCUCCACUUCAUCUCGCAGCCAUCAGUAACCACACCGAUGCGGUGCAGUUUUUGCUCGAAAAUGGUGCCGAGCCACGGCUGUUGAAUAAUGCGGGUGAAACAGCUGAAACGAUCGCUCGUGUGCAAAAAAAUUUUCAACUUGAAAAGCUUUUAUUGUAUUGGAAAGAGCGAAAACAGAAGCGGACGAAGGAGUUACAGUCAGUGAGGACAGCAAAGCCUUUGGCACUUGUCGAUAAUGCUUAUUCGUCUGGGUACUGGAGUAUUACAAGCCGCACGUUACCGGAUGGUUCAAGUCAAAUAGUGCCAAUUAUUCCUGCCACUACCGGAUCACUGCAGCAACAGGGUGUUCCGGACCAUUCGUCGCAAGGCAACUUUACGGUAAACACACGCACGAACGGCGAAAUGAAAUCAUAUGAGCUGCGUCCUAUAACCUAUUUUGCAUCCGACGAAGGUGGCCGAAUUUACGAAGAUCAUUCGGUUCAAACCGAUCGCGAUUCUCUACACAACGCAGUAAAGAUUCUGGAUGCGGAUGAGUGGCAUGAGAGUUUGGCUGCAGUGGCGCAGAUUGACAGAGUUCUACAAGAAGUCAACAGUUAA